AUGACGACGACGGGGAAUUGCUUCCGUUGCCAUGAGCCUGGCCACUGGAUCAGUGACUGUCCUCUCAAGAUCAACGCCGAUCCUCUUCCUCCACCGUCGAUUCACUGUACCUGCGGCGGAGGGUUCUGUUUGACCAAGGUCGCGAAUACUCAACGGAACCCUGGAAGGAAGUUCUACAAGUGCCCUACUGUUCGUACUUUCGCUCAGGAUUGUGGAUUCUUCAAGUGGUGUGAUAAAGUAACCGACGAAGAUAUCAGAUUCCGACCUGCCUUCAUGAUCCCGAUUUGCCCAUGUGGUUCUGGACUUUGCCGGAAAUUUAUAGCCGAUUCCGGACCUGAUUCCGGUCGAGCGUACUAUCUAUGCUGCAUCAAAAAGGGUUUUGGGGCUUGUGGAUACUUCCAGUGGGAAGGUGUUGAGAUGGGUCCGAUUUGUGAUGUAGUUGAUGAGGAUGAGAUGGAUUUCUGGGUGGAAGCGGAUUUGAUUUCCAGUGAUGUUGAAAGCAACUUUCAUGCUUCUGUAAUGGAGAAUGUGAAUCAAGUGGCAGUUCCCGGGAAAGAAUGUCACGGCUCUGUUAGUAUAGGGGAUGAUUCGAUAGUCGAAAAUUUGGAUGCUAUGUUGGUUUCUGAUAUACAUUCCCAUGCUGCUUUGAAUCAAGGCAUCCCUCUGAUUGGUCCUAGAGUGGCUGAAGAGCAAGUGGCAGUGGUGAUCGAACCGGAUGAGCCAUGGAUGAAGACUAUGCAUGUUGAUCACCAGGCAACAAAUUCUGCUCCUUCCAAGCUCAGCUUUAAGGAGAGUUGCCAUUUGAAUUUGGAUGAAGCAUUGAGUGAUUUAGGGUCAGUCGAUAGAUUUGAAAACGUCGGAGAUGCAGUUUCUAGUGGUUCGGUUGUGACAAACCAUGAGCAACCUGGAACUGGUGAAACUGAGUGGUCGUCUCCCAAUUUGCAGGACAUCAUUGAGCAAUACAACUCAGAGAAGCAUCGAUUGGAGAGUGUUUCAGGGAAACAUGUACAAGUGUUGAGUGCAUUCAUGGGUUCGUACAGACGACUAAGGUUACUACACGAGAAAACUAAUAAUCUCAGGAAAUUGUUACUUGAAACAGAGAAGGAGAUGGCUUGUUGUGAGGCUGAGACAUUGGAAUUAGGAGCAAGUUGCCGAGAAGUGGCUUCGGAAAUGGCUGAGUCUCAGAAAAGAAUGCAGGAGACAGCAGAGAAACUAGGUAAAGAAGUAGAUGUGUUGAAGCUAAAGGAGUUUGUUACUAUGAAGAGAAGAAAAUGCUGA